CUGAGUCACAUACUCUUGACAGUGGGAGAGAUAGCGGCAACCGCCGUAGAAACCUGCUUCUACACAACUAUCGUGUAAAGUCGUAAUGAGUUUUGAAAAGUAUAGUUGAGUUGAACGAAACGAAAUCCUUCCCAGUGUGAAAAAGUCUUCAGUUUUCUGAAAGCCGAUUCAUGUAUCUCGUCCUCACGCCGCCGUACUCGUUUUUUCCUCAGCGGCAGUCCCGUGUAGAUGCCUUUCAUGUUAAUGCGGAAUCGACGCUCCCAGAAAAGUCGUUUUUUCGGUUUCACCAAAUAUCCCAGCGGUUCAUGUUUCCUGACCAAUCUCUGUCGGGGUGGUAAAGUGUGUGGCAUGUGUCUCUGGGAAUGAACGUCGACCAUAUCAGACAGCAUGAGCCCUAGAGAUGCACGAGACGUCCCCGCUCGACCCUGCAAAAGUCGUCUGGAAAGUAGCACCUGAGUGUGUACAGUUCUUAAAUGCAAGAACUCUAAGUGAAGUUAGCAGGCAUCGAAUUUCGCGUGACUUCCUCACAGUGGCGCGCUGUUCACGAAAAAAACCUGCUCUGUUCUCGUCCCUCCCUUCUGUCUGAAGCGACAUUCCGCAGUUUCACACUAUUUCACCUGUCAGUCGCGUGAAACUGCCGUCAUCGGCGGUAGUCUUUUCCCGGGUAACGACGACCUGAACGGAAAGCUGCUUCUGUAGGUACACCCGAGCCCAAGCUGUCACGGAGCGUUCGCCAAAUGUCGAGUGAUGAUAAUCGCUUCGCGCACAAUGGUCUGUCGACCAACUUUUUCGAGGUUAUCCAUUAUUUCAAGUUGACGCAUAUGGACGACCUUCUCGUUGUGCCACAGGGCGAUACGGGCACUGCUGAACUCGACGACGACACCGUACGAUUAUCCGAAGCCUGCGUCUCGAACUGGUUCGCACCGGUCGACGAUGUCCAGGAGGAAACGACGACCGUUCCGGAUUCCGUGCGUUGCGCAGGAGGCGACGAAGACGUCUCGGAAACGGACAAGUCCACUUGCUGUGAAGACGCAGUUGUCAGUCGAGGAGCGAGCAGCCCCAAGAAGCGAUCGCGCUUUGUGAUGCGCCCAAAUGAGGCGCACUUCUCUAUGCCCAGUCUGCAAGACCUUCCGUCACGGUCUGUCUCAGGAAUACUUCAGUGGUACCGAGCAGCCUCCAAAGAACUUAUGGCACUGCAUAAGCUUACGGAGGAGGGAGACAAAAAGUCAUGUGAGACAAGAGACGCCAGUCGGGAGCGACCAGAAAACGUCGCAGCGUUGCCCAACCAGAGAGCCCUUGUCGCUCACCAGCGACAACUUCUUAUUGAUCUCGCCUCGAGUACUGCAGUUGUGUUUCAAACUAAAUAGGAGAAGAACGGAUUAAGCACGCAUGGAGGACCGCUCUCUCAGUUGUUGUUUUGGGUUGUUGAUCGGUAAGCACACUGUGUCUGAGCAUAUAUCUGACGUCACCCAGUGACCGUUUCCAUGAAUUGCUGCUGUCCAAAUAAUACCCUUCUCCUCAAUCGAAGUGCUAAAUCCUAAGUCCGCCUGUUCGCCUGUCUUCCCCUCCUGUUGCUUCGCGGCCUCAGUCUUUGGCCAUGUGCAUUUGUUACGAAAGAUCUGCGCAUGACAGGUGCUGAAGCACUCCUCCACUUCUUUGUUUUAGACACGAUCCGAAAUCAUGGUACGGCCUUAGAAACGAGUGAACGCACUGGUCGAAAGGCUGCAUUUCACGUCGGCAACGUCGAAUUGCCGUGUUCUUCCAUGCACAUGGUUACAGCGACCUCUAUUUUCAAACAGCGUCUCCGCCCACUCGUUACAACAACACUUUCCCCCCGCUUUCGAUGACAUGUUGCUGUAACUCGGGAGUGUUAUUUCGGUAUCCGUAGUGGAGUCGCGGUCCCCGUACAAUCCGUGAAAGCGUUGCAAACAAGUCCGUGCCUCGCGAUGGAACAGUCCGAACCACAGAAAACUUGGGUAAAUCGCACACCUUACAAAAGUUCAGUAGACGGAACAGGUACCCCCCGGUGACCAGCUCAUGAUGAGUGCGCUCACUAAUGGUGGACAACCAGCAGCCCUUUCGGAACGCUCUAGCCUGCCUGCAUCUCUCGUGACUGUCGUGUGUCUGCAAAACCCCUCACCAGCUUUCAAGGGAGCCGCCGUUAUUAGUGCGUCUUGGAGUUUCUUCCGUUUCUGCUUCAAGUACUGUCCAUCCCCCUGCUCAAUUGGAGAAACGAUGAGCGGACAUUAUGUGCAUCAUUUCUCUAGCGUGUGGGCAGUUGUCUGCGGAAAACAUGACUGGAAAUCCUUCCGCACAGGCUGCCUAAAUUCAGAUAGUUGACUUUCACCCCCUGAUGCAAGCGGCGUGCUUGGGAGAAACAGUUCAGGCGUCAGACACUAAUCUGUCCAAGUGUUUGGUGAACGAGUCACCGUCUCGAAUAGACAAAGAACUACGGGAAAGUUGGUCCAAAAUACGUCAUCUUGAAACGAAGAAUGCGGUGGUGCUUCCACAUAUUUUCCUCUGACACAGCCCAAAUAUACGAGUUACGCAGAUGGAACAAUCCAUCAAUGGAGAGACCACAGCGGACAAACUGUGGAUGCGACUUUAGAUGGGAAUCAUGAAGUCCCUUGUGUAGUCCAGGGGAGGGUUCAAAACUGCCUUGGUUUGUUUACAUUCACAGGGGUGGCUGAAUCUCCUAAAGGAGGAGAAAGGCUGGUUCUAGUUGAAUGUACAUGCAGGUCGGGUGCCAGGAAGUCAAAAAACCGCGUCAACUUCACGUCGCAUGCUCGCCCUCCAAUCCUGUUUACCACUCAUUGUAUGCCUGGAGGACUUGUUGAUACCAUCGGUGUUCACUUCUCUUGCAUUUCUGUCGCACGUGCUACCGAUAGCCUCGACAGCGCGCUACGCCGGAAAAGCCUUGCAUGGCCGCAACUUAGCAAAGCACAAUUGAAUCUCCUUCCGCAAAUACAUGUGGGCAAAGCCGCUGCAGUGGAUUUCUACUUUAGCCAAUCCCGAGGAGGCCGUUUGCACCCAUCUGGAAUUCGCUGGGCAGGACUGCCUGAGCUCAGGGGAAACUUGACGAGCAGGUGUUCUCGUCGACAGGCCCGUCAGUUCCAGAGAGGUGAGUGACCUCUGAAGCAGUUUUCCAAAAAACACACGACGCCCAGACGAAAUGACAUCCACUACGGCUCUCGCGGUGUAAGGCCGCUGUGCGACGAUGUCACGCCUUCUGGGAGGCUCGGAUGCAUCUUCGUCCGUCUGCUGGAGUCGCUUGGCGACAUAUUUCGUACACUGAUUUCUCACGACCGCCUGACCGAACAGAAGAUGCGAGAGCACAGCUCCACACAUGGUUUCCAAGAAUACUGUAGAACGAGCUAAUGCACACUGGUGUGAACUCUCGAACUGUCUCAAAUUGAAGACUCGGUUGAUAUGUACUGUGACACUCGCAGAUCGCGGACAGUAGCAUUUCAUUUGAUGGCUUGCGCCUUAGUGUUCAAAAGCUGGAAUGCCCCAGAGUUAUCACACACCAAUCAAGAAAACUGCAGUUCAUGUACAACACAACGACGAGUCACUUGAAGCUUUCGAUGGUUCGCUAUGGUGGAUGAUGCAACAAGAUCGCACCACCAGCCAAAGUUGACCUGAUCCUUCUUCAGAUGUUUGCAUUUCCUUUCGUCCCCAACGUGCCGCCGCUAAGGAGGUUUCAUGCUAAGCAGGUGUGCUAAUGCCACGUCGAUACAAGCAGAACUCCUGGGUUGCCUGUCCUCACGUUCAGGAGUCCACCGACGUGCGACCACCGCGGAAGAAAGCAUGCCUUUACAUGCACUUCAUACCUUUCCACAGACCAUUUGCUCUCUUGAAAUGCUACGGUUGGUGAAAGGUCUGUGAAUGCGGAAGUCAACUUUGGAGCUGCUCAGCGUGUGUGCGGCCAACACAUGCCCGCUGCAGCAAGUUUAUAAUGGUAGAACUUGAGUCAGUACUUCUGACAGGUACUCAAAACAAAACGCGUUUUAAGUAAAGCGACGGAAGUCGAAAUCAUCGACACCGACACCGGAUGCUGUUAUACACGUCAGGGAGUUAGAAUAUCGGAUCUUGGGUGAUACACAUAUGUUGCUCAUCUCCAACAACACAUCGAUCCAACAGGCUGAGUUAGUUACGGGCUGCUGCCGGCGAGCUAGAAAACGUUUGCGUCACGUGAUGGUUAAGCACUCCCCAGUACACCGAAAGCGACAUGCAUACCCCUCACAUACAAAGCUACGUCUUCCGGUCCACAGUUCCCCAAAAUUGUUAAACACGAACCUCACCCUACUACUGGAAACUGCACCACUUAAUGUCAUCGACGCGAUGAUCAGUGAUGGCAGCAUCGAUACUAACCACGGACAGCUAGCUAAAAUUCUUCGGAGAAACCCCACCGCUUAGAGGCAGCGGCAUACACAAGAACCAGGUCAAAAGGAUUCCUGGUGUCCACGGUGACGAUAUGAGACAUUCGUAACUUCGACGGCUACCGCAGCUCCGACCGCGAGACUUCCCAAACGGUAUAUUAUGCUAAGAAUGCAGCUUUCUGCACUUGCAUAUUAUCAAGAGCCCGUCAGCAUACACGAUUGUCCCAACGACGGAACGCUGUGGGGGGCUGUCACCGGUCCUGGUCCGUUGCCCGCUUUCGUUCGACCGAUGGACUUUGUUGUAUGCAGCGGCGGAGCAGCAAUUUCUUUACAAAUGGAGUGUUGCCCCUAAUGCUACGCCCAUCACUGCAUUAGACGUUUUACUUUGUCCCUUUAUCGUCAGACAUACAACAGAAAAAAAAGCCAUACAGGGACCUCAGAAGUACCAGAGUCGAGGUUCACCGGGUAGUGGCGUUGUAGCUCCUCGUCGCCAGAGAGUGUUAGCGCCUGUCCAGAACAGCAAAUCUGCCCAUAUACGCAAGUUUUUCCCGUACAUAAACAUGACACGUGACUCAUCUCAAGAGUUUAGAAAGUCACAUCGUGGUUUGUUAGCAUCAAAAUCGUCAACGGGUGUCUCUCCGCCACUUUCCAAGCACAGUCGCAUUGCUUCAUGGCCAGUCACCGGACACGCGUGUUUACUGUGAUUGACAUCGGUACUAUGGAGGCUUGAAAAGUGGUUUUACAAUGGGAAUUAUAUGAUUAACAUAACGAGAUAGAAGAUUCAGCUGCAUUACAUUAGAAGUGCGCAUUGGAUACGUUUUGAUGUUGACCUAAUGCAGCUCAUGGGAGGGAAGAUAAGCUCAAAAUAUUACUUCGUUCGUACAAAUGAAAAUAACUUCCGUUACUCCGAAGAAAGAAUAGCCCACUACGCAGCAUUUGACGCGCUGUUCCACACCAUGCGACCGAAGAAGGCUCUUCAAAUCGAAACUAUGUCGUUGGUUGCCGUGUCAAAGAGGAAACGAGAAAGUUAGCAGUCAGCCCGUGGCUGCACCUUAAAAAGCCGUGAUCCUCCAAGAACCAAAUCUGCGACGCUGACCUCAAAUUUUACGCCGGUUUCAUUCGUGUAUCGCAGACAACCCUUUAGCCUAACGGUGAGACUGAGACAUGUAACGUAGUGUCUCACGUCCUAUUUCAAGCCUAGCUUCUACGCGUCACUCGCUCGCAAUUCUUUACAGUUACAUCGUAUUUUUCUACGCCAGUUUGAGUUCGGCUUCUGACGUGCCACUACAUUUAUAGCGCCAAAAGGGCAUUUCUAUCGCGCUCCUAACGGC